GGUUUCUGUUAUGUGUCCUAAUGAACAUAUCCCUGCUGGGCGUGUGGGACUCUUCUUCAGGCACAGUCGGGCCAAGAUGUGUUUCAUAAACACAGGACCAGUGAAAAUGGCAUCGCAGAGAAAACACAGGUUGAAUGCUCCCCAACCCCUGGCUCCAGCAGCCUGCCUCUGUGUCCUCCUAGUCCUAACUGUGACAGCCAUGGGCAGUCAUAUUCCUAGUACCAGUCUGCUGUGUAACUUCUGUCCUCUACAACACAAAGGAAGGUCCUGCAGUAACGAUUCCACCACAGAGUGUCUCCCGCAAGAGCGCUGUGGUACUAGCAGUGGGCGUUUCGGUUCCACUCACAUCCUGUCUGCACAGGGCUGCUUGACCCCUGACCUCUGUAACUCCACCCAUGCUGUGACCUACCGAGGGGUCAACUAUAAUGUGACAUACAGGUGUUGCUGUAGUGACAAGUGUAACCAGCCUCCAGCCCCUGAUACCUACAUUAAGAGUCUGUUAGGAGUGACGUUGGAGCACAGUGAGAAGCCUCCUUCUUCCGCGACGGACCCUCUGCAACGAUGCCCUGGAGAUGAGGACGUGGCGGAGGAUGACGCCGUGGCUCCACUACACGGAGAAAACGACAUGAAUUCCAUCUAUAAAGUCCUCUCAGAUCUCCAGGAGUGGCUAAAGAGUAGCGGCUAGGGGUCAGUCUGGAAUUCAGCCAUACUUGUCACUGGGGGACGGGCCUGUUAGCCACAGUCCCUGUCCCCACCCUCAUGCAAGGGAGGGGCCUGUUAGCCACAGUCCCUGUCCCCCACCCUCAUGCAAGGGAUGACACUUAUUCAAAUAGAUUUUCUAUUUCCAGUGUAAAAUGUGCUUAUUUAUUCAAUUAUUUGUAAUAACUGGCGUGAAGUGUAAUCUAUGUUUUUAGUGAUGUUGCAAUAUUGCCGUGUGGUAAAAGCUGUAGUUCUCAGUGUGGUAGCUGGUGAAUGGAGUGAAUACAGAAAGCAUGUUGAAGUACCUGUCCAGUGUCUCCAGGUUUCUAUGAAAUAUUACAAUGAGUGAAAUCAUGUUCCUUCCAAAACAAUUAAAGAACCAGGGCAGUAAAAAAGAAA